CAUAUACUAAUACUAAUAUUCUUUUCCAAAGCAAAAAAAAAGCUUGACUGAAAAUGAAGCUCAACGAAAAAGUAGGAUUAUCAAAUCAUUCGACCGUGAAUGAACAUUGCGCACAUCCUCAUUAGUCACAAAAGCUAAAGUUGAGUUGAACAAGAAUGCGCUGCAUUUUAGCAUCACCUACACAUCUCUUCUUUAUUCCUUGAUCCACAAAAUUCAAGCAGUUUCUGAUCUCAAACAUGGGUUAUUUCCCCUACAUGUAUGUUAUAUUUUGUGUAAUAAUUCCAACCAUUUUGGGCCAAGUUACAGAGUUCAUUAGCAUAGACUGCGGAGGCACAAGCAGCUACACGGACAACAGCACCGGCCUGGCGUGGAUCUCAGACAAGGGAAUCCAAGGCGACGGCGUGUCAGUGAGAGUGGGAGAUAUAAAUGGAAACUCACAGCAGCAGUAUCAGACAAGGAGGGAUUUCCCAACAGACAGCAAGAAGUACUGCUACACACUCACCACUGAAGAAAGACGGCGCUACAUUGUCCGCGCCACCUUCUUGUACGGGGCUUCGGUCAGCCAAGGCGCCUACCCCAAGUUCCAGCUCUACCUGGAUACAACAAAAUGGUCGACAGUGACGGUUAUGGAAGCUUCUAGAAUAUAUGUUAAGGAGAUGAUCAUAAGGGCGCCGUCUCACUCUGUGGACGUGUGCCUGUGCUGCGCAACCACGGGCUCUCCGUUCAUAUCAACUCUCGAGAUGCGGCCUUUAAACCUGUCAAUGUAUACCACUGAUUAUGAAGAUGAUUUCUACAUGAAAGUGGCGGCACGAGUCAAUUUUGGUGCCCCGAGCCAAGAAGCUAUAAGGUACCCCGAUGACCCCUACGACCGAAUAUGGGAAUCUGAUCUUGAUCGAAGGCCGAAUUUCCUGGUUGGGGUGGCACCUGGUACAGAGAGAAUCAACACUACCAGAAACAUAGAUGUAAAUACAAGAGAAUAUCCACCUGUUAAAGUAAUGCAGACUGCAGUUAUCGGGACUAAAGGAAGCCUCAGCUACCGGUUGAAUCUAGAGGACUUUCCAGCUAAUGCUCGAGCUUAUGCAUACUUCGCUGAGAUUCAAGAUUUGGGAUCAAAUGAGACGCGGAAAUUCAAAAUGGAGCAGCCUUACAAUCCUGACUACAGCAAUGCAGUGGUGAACAUAGCUGAGAAUGCCAACGGAAGUUAUACACUGUAUGAGCCUAGCUACAUGAAUGUGUCGUUGGAUUUUGUUCUGACAUUUGCAUUUGUCAAAACUCGGGAUUCAACACAAGGACCAAUUCUCAACGCAAUGGAAAUAAGCAGAUAUCUAGAGAUUGCUGCUAAGACAGAUGAGAAAGAUGAGAGCAGCCUAAGUGUCCUGCGUUCUAUGUUUGCUCAAAGUGAAUGGACCAAGGAAGGCGGCGACCCUUGCAUCCCAACAAGUUGGGAAUGGGUGAGUUGUAGCUCAACAGCACCACCUAGGAUCUCCAAAAUUGUUCUAUCAGGUAAGAACAUCAAGGGUGAGAUCCCAAGGGAGCUUAAGAACAUGGAAGCAUUAACAGAGCUGUGGCUGGAUGGCAACUCAUUUACUGGGAUGAUCCCCGACAUGAGCGGCCUUGUAAAUUUGAAAAUAUUGCAUCUAGAGAACAACCAACUGACCGGUUCACUGCCUUCGUCCCUGGGUAACCUGCCAUACUUGCAAGAACUGUACGUAGAGAACAACUCUCUGAGUGGGGAGAUACCUCGAUUGUUGUUAAGAGAAAACUUAACUUUCAGAUAUGAAGGCAACCCGCAUCUCAGACGAGUGACAAAAAAACAUAACAAAGUAAUACUUGGGACUACAAUCGCGGUGCUUGCAGUUCUUCUUGUUCUCUCCAUUACAAGCAUACUGCUGCUUCGACAUUAUAGGGCAAAGAAAAUUUCGCAGAGGAAUGAGAAAGGCAAUUCAUGGCGUGGCAGUUCCAAGCCGUUAACAACAUAUUCAAUUGCACGAGGUGGAUCUUUAAUGGAUGAAGGGGUGGCAUACUACAUUCCGCUCCCAGACAUAGAAGCAGCUACAAAUUAUUUUUCAAGGAAUAUUGGGAAAGGAAGCUUUGGACCAGUUUACUAUGGAAAGUUGAAGGAUGGAAAGGAGGUAGCGGUGAAAAUCAUGGCUGAUUCAUCUAGUCAUGGGACCAAACAAUUUGUUACAGAGGUCGCACUGUUGUCCAGAAUCCAUCACAGAAAUUUGGUUCCUCUAAUUGGAUAUUGCGAGGAAGAGCAUCGGUGCAUGCUUGUCUAUGAGUACAUGCACAAUGGGACCUUACGGGACCAUAUACACGGUUUGUACCAGCUCAAUAAAGUAGGAUCUAAGAUCCUUGAGGAUGAUAAUAAUCUUAACAUAAACUUGCUCGUAGGUUCUGACAGCCAGAAGCACUUAGACUGGCUAGCACGCCUCCGUGUUGCUGAAGAUGCAGCUAAAGGUCUGGAGUACUUGCACACCGGGUGCAACCCCAGUAUAAUCCACCGUGAUGUGAAAACAAGCAACAUUCUCCUAGAUAUAAACAUGAGGGCAAAAGUAUCAGAUUUCGGGCUCUCAAGGCAAGCUGAGGAAGACCUGACACAUGUAUCUAGUGUGGCAAGAGGAACGGUGGGAUACCUUGAUCCGGAGUAUUAUGCAAAUCAGCAAUUGACCGAAAAAAGUGAUGUAUAUAGCUUUGGUGUUGUUAUGCUGGAACUUAUCUCGGGGAGGAAGCCUGUCUCUAUAGAGGAAUACAGUUCUGAUUGGAGCAUUGUUCACUGGGCAAGGUCUCUGAUCCGCAAAGGAGACGUGAUCAGCAUCAUAGAUCCUGCACUGGCAGGGACCGUCAAAGUUGAAUCCGUUUGGAGAAUAGCAGAAGCAGCAAUUCAGUGUGUCGAGCAACACAGCUCCGUGAGGCCAAGAAUGCAAGAGAUCAUAUUGGCCAUACAGGAUGCAAUCAAGAUUGAGAAAGGAACAGAUAAGUUAGACUCGUCCGAAAGUGCAAGAGCACAAUCUUCUAGAAAAACACUCCUAACAAGCUUUCUUGACAUCCAAAGCCCUGACCUUUCCAAUGGAUCAUUGGUCCCAUCAGCAAGAUAACAAUCCACCUUCAACCUCCAUCUAACAUCUCAAUCUUGUCUGGGACUUUUACUACAUGUUUAUACUAUCCAGCCUCAUUGUAGAUACACACUCUGAAUGUGCUUAGUUUCCACACUUUACAAAUGACUGAAACUUGCAUCAAAGAUGCAGAAAGAUUAUAUUUUUAAACAUUAA